AUGUUAAUUGCUGAUCCGAAAUCUGGUGAAGCAUUAGGAUGGCUUUUUGUUAUCUUUAAUGGAUUGGAAGGCGUUUGGAUUAUAAUUUUGUAUAUUAUUGCUCGAAACGAGCACAUAGAUGAAAAACCAUCUCUCAGACCGGAGAGUGACACGCCACUUGACGAAAUUAGAGAUAGAACAUCAGAGCCUGAAACAGAUGAUCCGAAUACUGACAGAAGACCUCCACAAUUGCAAUAUUUAAGAAGUGAUACACCACGCCAUUCAUAUACUGAUUUAUCAGAAGUAAAUAUAUGUCAUCGCGUCUAUCCUGAUGAUAACGACGAAAAACAAACAUAAUAAGUGUUUUUGAAUAAAGAAAUUCAUCUCAUCAUUCUUAUUUUUUAAACUUCGUCAUAAAAUGACAGGUUGAAAAUGAUUACCCAUGUAGUUAAAAUCGCGCAAAAAUCGUCGAUUUUAUCGGGAUUUAUUAGCCCGAUUAAUCGCCUAGAGUGGUAAUUUUUGCCGAUUUUCGUGAACAAUCGCGAUUUUUCCCGAUUUUCUUCGCAGCUCUUUAAGCCCCCCC